AUGUCCGCGUCGAAGCAGCGCAACGGCGGCGCCGCGGUGAGGGAGGCUAAAAUGACGCAGGAGGGCGCCGCAACGCAGACGAGCAGGUGCUCUCCGCUGCCCCGCGGUGGGAACUCGGCCACUGCAGCGGCGUUUCUGAACGGCACCUCCGAGAUGCCCGCCGUGGAGAACAACGGCGGGAGUCGCAUCCGCGUGUGCUACCUCGACGAAGACGUGACCCAAGCUUCCUGGCACCUCGUCCCAAAUGUCGUGACGCUGAAGCAGAUGCUAUACGAGCAGGACCAGUACGCGGUGUCGUCACCCUCGUCAACGAGCGUCGCCGACCAUUUUGCCAAGCUCCCAUUGCUGCCCCCCGCGCGCAUGCCAGCAGCUACGAGUGCCCCACACGCGCUUGCCUCGGAGCCCAGCGCUGAGAAGACGCAUGGCUCAUUCGCCUUCCCGGCGAUUCGGCUGUCCCCUGCUUCUUCUCCCAACGGUGACGCUCGCCCUGCGUGGGUCAGCAUAAAGACAGUGAGUGAGGAAGAGCUGGCAGCGGUUCUGGAGAACCUGCCAGUGCAUGUGCUCACACGGCGCCGCAUCAUCUCAGUACUCUGCACCAAUACGGACGCUGGGGAGCUCAGAGAACCUGGGCGCGGCGACUCCAGCAGCGAUACCGAGGAUACGGAGCCCUCAUCCAACAGGGGGCAUGAAAAAGGUGACUCUGCCAGACGCCACGAGACGGCGCGUGACAACUUCCUCGAGUACUUCCCAGCACACGGCUACGCUGUGUUGUGCCUGCAGGCAGUGGGACUGCAAAGUGAGGAGACAACGGGGCGCGGCGCCAUUCAGAGUGUCGGGAUGAGCACACAUGGCACACAGCUGCCGUGCACACCGGUGGUGGCGUUGGCCUUCGAGUCGACACUCUUCACCUUCAGCGCGGGUCGUUUUGGCGGCGAAGGAGACGUGCAGCUCAUCAUGGCCAACCAGUCAUGGCCCACCGGAUCUUCAACAAGUACCGGUGGAGCUGGCGCGCUGGCACUCCGCUCCGCAGCGAGCUUCGCAGCGUCGCAUGCAUCAUCGUUCAGUGCCCACAAGGAAGCAUUGGUCGACACGGCAGCACACGACUCCUCUUUGGCCGUUUGGGAGCGCCAAGGCGACGCGAACCUUUACCUUGACGAUGCGGGCAGCGUGGCUAAGGAGGGGGUGAACGGAGCAACGCCCAGAGCGCCUCAUGACACAUGCACUGGUCGACGGGUGGUGCCAGAGCCACUCACAUACCCCGCCGCUGCUGCCGCAGGUGAUCCGGUAUCGGCGUUGUCCGCGGAGCGGGCGAGAGGGGCCCAGCAACCCAUGAUGCUGUUCGGCACCCCUAACAAGCCAGCAUCGCCGAACUACUGCGCCGACGGAGCCAUUUCCGUCGUAUGCAGCUCGCUCGUGUCCGCCAUUAUUGCCUACUUCCAGAGGUCUACCCGUGCGCUGCUCAUCGAGGCAGACCAGCUCGACGAGCUUGUGCUUCAAAUUCUGCCUUCGCGAGUUGACCAGGACGACAUGCUGCUGCGCACCAAAAACCUGCGCCACCUCAUAGCCUUCUUCCACAUAGACGCGUUGCAGAAGGAGCGAGUGCUGAAGGAGUUGCUGUUGCCGGCAAUGCGCCUGACACCGUUCUCACGAUCCUCACAGGGAGUUGAGAGCUACCAGCGCUCGCUUUCGUCCGUUCGAAGAACGGUCCUCAGCCUAUGCAAGGGCCGCGACAUCGUCAACAGGGCGAACAUGACCCUCGUCAGUGGCGUGUCUGCACGCCUCCUGUCGCACUGCAACUUUAUGGACUACCUGAGUCACGUGCAUACGCAAAUUACCGUAAUACUGAUACCGAUCACCAUCGUACCAAAUCUGUUUGCCAUGAACGUACGAGUGCCCUUCACCGAUGCAGAGACGACGACUCCGUUCUUCUGCAUCGUGGGCUUUACGAUGGGGAUCUUGGUGCUCAGCAUUGCGCCCAUCGUGUACAAGUUCCUCAUGUACAAAGCACCUGGUGCACUGGCGACACUCGAGUAG